AUGUACCGCACGACGCUGCGAUCCGCUUCGCGACCAGCUGCGGCUGGCCUGCGAGCUCAAACCCUCCGAUCCGCUCCGCGCCGAUUUGCAUCGACCUCGCCUGCCGACAAGUCAAGGUCCUGGAAGGGCUCCGCCGUGCGCUGGGCUCUCGCCGGCGGUGCCGUCUACUACUAUAGCACCAGCACCGUCUUCGCCGAAGAGGCCAUUCCUGUUCGGCAGUUUUCUACUGCGCCACCCUCCUUCCCGGAAGCCACCGAGUCGACACAGCUCCCGACCGUCGAGUCCAUAGUCGAAGAGAGAAAAUCACAGGCUGCCGCCAAGGCCCAAAAGUCCGCCGAGCCCACACCAAAGAAGCCAGAUGACAAGGAAGAGGCGGCCGCUGAACUCAACACCGCUGUAGCAGGAUCACCGGCAGAGCUCGAGGAAGAGGCUGGCCAAGAGGCCGCUUUUAACCCCGAAACGGGCGAAAUCAACUGGGACUGCCCCUGCCUCGGCGGCAUGGCCCACGGCCCCUGCGGAGAGGAGUUCAAGACGGCGUUCAGCUGCUUUGUGUACUCGGAGGAAGAGCCUAAAGGCAUGGAGUGCAUUGACAAGUUCCAGGGCAUGCAAGAAUGCUUCCGUAAAUACCCAGAAAUCUACGGCGCAGAGCUAGCCGAAGCCGAUGACGCUGAAGACCUCCCCGCCGACCUCGAGCUACCAUCCGAUACGCAGACGCUCCGCGAAGGUCAAGCCGGUGAGAAGCAGACCCUUCCGGAAGGCGACUUGGCAACCGAGAAGCAGAUCCACCAUGCCCAGCCCAGUGACACAGAUGGCCCAGCGGCCCCCGAGGAGAAGACAGAAAAGCCCGCCGAAUCUGCCCCUGCAACUAUCCCGGCCGUUCCCAAGCAAGAGACGGAGGAGAGACCUACCGAGUCCUCUGAGCCUGGCCCGGCAGCCAUUCCCGAGGCUAGCAUCAACACAACCUCAACGACUAGUACCUCAAACGGCCCCAAGUGGGAGGAUGCCACUGACGCCAACAAGAAGUCGCCUGAAGCUUAA